GCCUCUCUUUCCAUCUCAUUCAAAUAUGGAUUAUUCUAUUUAUAGGAUGUUUGGACAGAUGCAAAACGCAGAGGGAUCAAUGAUGCAGAAGACAAGAAAGCAUCCCUAUCAUUGUCAACACAAGUGGACAUGCAAAGAUUACCCUAAAUGUCCCAAGUGGCAUCAGACUGCUCUGAGAUUGUCCGGCAUUGCACUGGUUAUUCUCAUUGCCAUAGUGAUAGGACUAACCAUUUUGGUAUGUCGCCUAAGUAGUGAGAAAGGAACCAAAGAUUGUGAUGGCAUGAAUAUUUCUCCCAGGAAACAACAGGACAAUACAAACUUCACAACAAAGUCCACGCUAAGCUUAUGCCCUAAUAACUGGCUGCAGAAAAAAGGGAAAUGCUAUAAUUUCUUAAAAACCUUUAAAUCAUGGACCGAUAGCCAAAAAUCCUGCUUAGUAAUGAAAUCACAUCUCUUGAUGAUCCAAGACAUGGCUGAACUGAAUUUCAUACAGAGUAGUAUACCGGAUGGAAUUUACUUUUGGAUGGGUCUGAACAUCACGCACCCACAAAAGGCAUGGACCUGGCUGGACGGCACCCCAUUAAAUCUACAGUUAUUUCAAGUCAUGGGCCAAGUUGAAGAUAACGCCUGUGCUGUAAUAACAAAGAAGGGUGUGUUUUCCGAAAAGUGUUGUAAUGAGAGUUACUGGAUUUGUCAACAUGUGAUUUCUUCAGACAAUGACUUCUAAACUGAUUGCAGUCUAUCCUUCCUAUCAAAAAAAAAAAAAUUCGGAAGUCUUUUUUUAUUUAUGUAUUUUUGUAGAUGUACAUCAUUUUUACAACAAAUAUUAUGGUGAUGAUGAUGAUAAUGGUGUAGAUUUGUGUCACUAUAACUCUGGGCAAUCAGGCUUAACUCAUUCCUUGUGGCCUUGUCACUCUUGUCACUGGUGCUAUAAUUCAGCAGUCAUCCCCCAUUCAUCAUAGUGGCUCUUUUAGACAGAAGUUGGCCUUUCAUCUCUUCAACAGUUCUCUCCCAACAGCCCCCAUUCACCAUUAGCAGGGGAGCUUUUUUUUUGAAGAGAAGCCGUCAGAUGAUACAUUCAUGAAUUUUCCACCACUGAGUCUAUACAAUUGUCUGCAUCUUACUUAUUUCUUUUCCUUCUCCUCCUAUUUCCAAAGAAGGGGUCUUCCUCUGUCUGGCUAAAUCAAAUCUCAGAGUCUACAGCCGGGAUCACAUCUCUUUUCAUUUUUUCAAAGAGAUUCCUUCCUUCAUCACCUCCACUUCUAACCUCUCUCUUCUUACGCCUCCUUUUCUUUCGGCAAUGAAAAUGCAAGAACACAAGAAAAUUUUCCCUGAACCACUUGUGGCUUCCAGUUUCUAUCCAGUGUCUCCCACCUGUUUUAAGUCAAACUUCCGAGAAAUUGUUUAUACUUGCUUUUUCCUCUUUUCACCUCCCACUCCAGGUUCUUCUGCAAUCUGGUUUCUGCUUUUCCCACUAUUUCACUAAAGUGUUCUCAUCACGUCAAGGAUGCCUUUCUUCUGCCUAAACACCAUGACAGCUUUUUAGCUUUCCUCUUAACUCUCAGCAGUGUUGUUCAUUUGUGGCCCAUCCUUUCUUCUAGAAAUAGUCUCUGACCUUGGCAUCUAUGACACAAUGCUCUCUUGAACUCGUAUCUCCCUUCCUUGCCAUUGCUCUUCAGUUUUUUGUUUGUUUGUUUGUUUGUUUGUUUGAAGCAUUGCUUCUCUCUUCUGAUCUCUUAAAUACUGACAUUCCUUGGAGUUUUGCAUGAAUUCUCUCAUACACAAUUCUUGGCUAAACUCAUCCACUCUGUAGGUACAGUUACCAUCAAUUUAUUGAUAACUCCCAAGCCCAUAUUUCUAACCCAGACCUUAUUACAGCAGAUUGCCCACUGGACAUCUCUGGUUGGACAUCUCAAAGCCCCUCAAUCUUCCCGUGUUAAAAAUUAAACUCAUUAGCUUAGUGAAUGGCAGCAAUGUGCCCAUUAGCCUAAGCCAGAGUGCUUGGAAUCAACCAUGACUUUUUUUUUUUUUCUUUCUACCCUCGAUAGUCACUCAUUUAAAUCCUGUCAAUGUGACUACAUAAUUAUUUUUGAAUCCAUCUAUAUCCUCAUAGCCACCCUAUUGUCCUCGAUUCCUGCAACAGUCUUUUUGUCUGCUUUUAGUUUUGUCUGCCAAAGUCCAUUCUCUAUCUUGUGAUCAUAGCAAUUGUCUAAACCUCCUAUCAGGCCACAUUACUCACUACUUGAUUUCCUGCAGGGACUUUUCAUUGCUUUGCCUUGUUUUUCAUUGAUCAUCUCUUACCAGAACCUGGCUGUCUUCGCCCGUGUUCAUUUCUUUCCCACUGUCAUGCUUAUAAUGAUGCAAACACACUAAAUUUUGUUCAGUUUCCCAAAUGGGUCACGCUCUCUCUUGCCUCUAAUCUACUCAUGUCUGCCUCAGCUUAACAUUCUUCCCUUUUGUACUCCCCUGUUGAACUCCUGCUUAUUGUUCAGACGGCCAGUUAGACGCCAUUUAGUGGAAAAUAUUUCCUUAACCAUUCUCCGCUCCAGACUACAUUACAUGCAUUUGUGAAUAUGUUCAUAGUUUCCUGUACUUAUCGAAUCCUAAUAUUUGAUACUGGAUUUUUGACCACUGUUUAUUUAUCUGUAUUGUGAGCUCUGGGAGGACAAUGAUCCCCAUUAUUGUACGGGAGGGACAAGAUGCCUACGGCGUGAUGGAUGAAGAGUAAGCUCUUGUUAUGUUGUUGAGUAUUCUUUGUAACAUGUCUUAAUGUUUCCCCAGAACAACUUUUCCUAGUUGUGGAGAGCUUCCCUUGAUCUACAUAAUCACAAUCUGCAUGUAGACAAAUAAACCACUCUGUUUUAUUUUGUUUUGUUUUUUUCAGGAAAGGUCAGUGUUAGGUUUACAUGGGUUAAUAGAUGAUAUUUUCCAGGUUUAUUGUCUGUUUGUUUCUGUUUCUAACCUAGAGCCUAUAUGGAGAUUAUUACAUUAAUGUUUGUUAAUUAGAUAUAAAUUCAUCAGUGGGAAACCUGCUUUAAGGUCUUAGAUCCACUAGGAGUAAAACUGAAAGGUCAUACAUGAAUUUCUAAAAGAAAAAUGAUUCCAAAUUGAUAUGUGUGAACAGAAGUAAUUAUAGUUUACAGGGAAUGAAAUAUAAAAACUUCAGCUCAUUUUAAAAAUUAAACACAGGGGCGCCUGGGUGGCGCAGUUGGUUAAGCGUCCGACUUCAGCCAGGUCACGAUC